UGCGACCUUGAUGCGGUCCUUCACCCAAUUAUAGAGAAUAAUAACUUAGCAUUAACAACCUGCCUAUGCCUGGGAGCAGUAACUACAGUAUUUACAGCCGCCUGUGCUUUAACACAAAAUGAUAUUAAAAAAAUUGUAGCAUUUUCAACAUCCAGUCAAUUAGGACUCAUAAUAGUUACAAGUGGCCUUAACCAACAUCAACUGGCAUUCCUACACAUCUGCACCCACGCUUUUUUCAAAGCAAUAUUAUUUUUAUGCUCAGGCUCCAUUAUCCAUAGCCUUAAUGAUGAGCAGGACAUCCGAAAAAUAGGAGGAUUACAAAAUCUGUUACCAUUCACCUCAACCUGCCUAACCAUCGGCAGCCUAGUCCUGACAGGAACACCCUUUCUAGCAGGAUUCUUCUCAAAAGAUGCCAUUAUUGAAGCACUAAAUACCUCCUACUUAAAUGCCUGAGCCCUAACCUUAACUCUUAUUGCCACAUCUUUCAGCACUGUUUAUAGUUUCCGAGUAGUAUUUUUCGUCACUAUAGGCACCCCUCGAUUUAUCCCAUUAUCACCAAUUAACGAAAACAACUUGUCAGUAAUUAACCCAAUUAAACGACUUGCCUGAGGAAGUAUCAUUGCAGGACUUAUUAUUACAUCAAAUUUCCUGACUAUUAUAACUAUACCAACAACCCUAAAAGUAGCUUCCCUCAUAGUAACAAUUAUUGGCCUACUUACAGCCAUGGAAUUAGCAGAACUAACCAGCAAACAAUUUAAAACUAAUCCCAUAACCCCACUCCACCACUUUUCCAACAUACUAGGUUAUUUUCCAAUAAUUAUUCAUCGACUGACCCCAAAACUAAACUUGGUAUUAGGACAAUCUAUUGCUACGCAACUAGUAGACCAAACCUGGUUUGAAGCCAUAGGGCCAAAAGGAGUAUCUUCCACUCAGGUUAAGAUGGCCAAAACUAUUAGUGAUACUCAACGAGGUAUAAUCAAAAUUUACUUAACAAUCUUUUUAUUAUCAAUAACCCUCGCCAUCUUAUUGACAAUAAUUUAA